CUUAAUGGUUCAAACCUCUACUGGUUCUCUACUGGUUGAGCACUUGCCAAACAACCCCUAAAUCUAUUCCGGCCAUCGCCAUCCCUGUCUCCAACAAAACACAAAGAGGAAGACCAUCUUCAUGUCACAUUGCCCGGCGCCCAGCAGCUAUGCGCGCUACCGCUUCUCUUCUCCUUCCUUUCAAACCCAUUCCAAGAAGGCAUCUCUCCACAAAGUCUUCAUUUGCUCCCCUAGACAAGAGAAAGCCAUCAAAGAGAAUUAGUCAUCUGCGUCCCAAGAUUCUCAAAAACCCUCCCGUUCCCAUUGAAUCCUCACCGCCCCCCACAAACCCAGUUACCCCAUCUGAAUCCCCUCCGGAGAAAUCUCGGGCAUUCCAUUCCGAUGGUGUCGCCGGCGAAGAUCCUAAUGAGUCGGAAAUCCAAGAAGUUUCUGAAAAUCUCCGAGAAAUUCAAGUCUCCCAGGUUCCUGAACCUAGCAUAGUUGUAAACCAUGGUAAAGCGCCCACCUUUAACUUUCUAUUGUGGUUAGGAGUGGUUAUUGUUGCUUGGAUAUCCUGGCCAGCUUUUUCUGGCAGCGAAGAAGGAGAAAACAGUGGAGAAGACGAAGUGUCGAAAAUGGGUGUUGUUGGUAACAGUAUUGAUACCUCAAAGUUGGAAACUUUCUUGAAUGAAAAUGGAAAUGGUGGGAUCAAGAAGAAGAUUGAGGAAAUUCAGGCCAUGGCUAGGGAGGCUAGGGCAAAGGAAAAGCUUGGGGCCGCUGAGAGCAGUGAAAGUGACGAUGAAGAUGAAGAUGAAGAUAGCUUUGCUAGUAAUCCAAUCGGGAAGGAGGUGGAGAAUAGAUUACUCAUGCUGCAUAAGCCUUUAAAGAGGAGUAGUGAGAAGCUUUCAGAACCGUUGGACGAUAACCCGAGAAGAAAUAGCGUAAAGAAUGAUUUGAAUGCUGCAUUGUUGUUUAAGAAAAAGCAUAAGUUUAGGGAUUUUUCAGGUGAACCAAGUCGUAGACCUAAGGGUUUUACGGGUGUGUCUAAACCUGAUGAGGAAGAACAAGAAAAAGGCGAUGCUUCUAUUGGUGAAGGAAAGGCUUCAUUGGAAGAAAGGGAUGAAAAUUCAGGAGUGACUCUAGAUGUUGCAAAUUCCGAACAUGAAACCGGCAUGACAGGGACCACUGUGAUAUCCAACAAAACGAAAAGCUCAAAAACAAAUCUCAAUGCAAAAAGAGGGAAAGCGAUUGAGAGACAGUCGGGCAAGAAAUCCAGGGGUACGAAAUCUGAAAAAGAAACUAACUUCUGGUGGUUGAGUCUCCCUUACAUCCUUGUUGUACAUAUUCAUGGAUAUCUGAAUGGUGAAAGACCGCAAGAACAAUUCUUCUCCAUAAAAAGCAGCUCUGGUGAUUCGUCCUAUAUUGUGGCUUUUGAAGAUCAUGUUGAUGCUACCAACUUCUGCUAUUUAUUGCAGUCCUAUAAUGAUUUGGAAGACAACAGCCCGGAAAUCGUUAUAGUAUCUAUCGAUGAACGGGGAGUGAAAUCGGGUAUGGAAAAUGUGAUUGUUGUGAGGAAGGGACAACUGAAGCUUUAUGCAGGCCAACCACUUGGUGAUGUGGAGAUGGCCCUGCGCGCGCUGAUUGGACAGACUUGAAAUGCCAAUGGAACUGUAGACGAUAAUCGCCACUUAAAGCCAGAUGAUUCGGCUCUAGUUCAAAAAAAAAUUGUUUGGUUUUGGUAGUGGCCUUGUAGGGGAUAUUUCUGGCAGAUGAGUUUUUGAGAAAGGAGUGGGUAUUGGGUUCCGAAAAUCAUUUGGCACACAAUGAAAAUUUGACAGAUUCUAUACAUUCAAUUUCUUAGUUUGUUUACAAUGAUCUCUAGUUCAUUUGAACUUGGUGGAGGAAUGUGAUUUGAAAUUGUGUAUUAUAAAUGCACAUUUUAUUG